UUCUCUGGUGCGUAAGGGCUUCCCCCAGAGGCAGAACGCGCCGGGUGGGUGGUGCAGUGUCAUAGACACACUCGAAGUUUGUUUUCUGUACUUGGGCUUUAUGCUGGAGACAGACGGAGGAUUUGGUGUCCGCGAGUCCCUAUAAAAAACACUAUAGAAACAAAGUGGGCUUCAUAACGAAACAAAAGUAUCAUACCAAGGAAGAGGUGACCCGUGGAACAAUAAAAACCCGUGUUGUUGACCCCACCCUGAAAACUAGACCGUGCGCGAGGAAGCAGGGUCAAAAUGAGUUAUCCACACCCACAAUUCAAUCAGUCAGGCGCUGCCGCCGCGUCUCCAGUCUCCAGUUCCUCUCUCGACCCGGACAAGGACGCAGAAAUGCCGGCCACGGAGAAGGACCUUGCAGAAGACGCUCCUUGGAAGAAGAUUCAGCAGAACACCUUCACUCGCUGGUGUAACGAGCACCUGAAAUGCAUCAACAAGCGGAUCGCCAACCUGCAGACGGACCUGAGCGAUGGGCUGCGGCUGAUCGGGCUCAUCGAAGUACUGAGUCAGAGGAAGAUGUUCCGAAAGUACAACCAGCGCCCGACCUUCCGACAGAUGCAGCUGGAGAACGUCUCGGUGGCGCUCGAAUUCCUGGAGAAAGAGAAUAUCAAACUCGUUUCAAUCGACUCGAAGGCAAUCGUUGACGGGAAUCUGAAGCUGAUUCUGGGGCUGAUAUGGACGCUGAUCCUGCACUACUCCAUCUCCAUGCCCAUGUGGGACGAGGAACAGGAGGAGGACGAGGGCAAGCAGAAGACGCCAAAGCAGAGGCUGCUGGGAUGGAUCCAGAACAAAGUGCCAGACCUGCCCAUCGCCAACUUCAGCCGUGACUGGCAGACAGGCCAGGCCCUGGGCGCUCUCGUGGACAGCUGUGCCCCAGGGCUGUGUCCGGACUGGGACUCCUGGGACAAGGAGAAACCAGUGGACAACGCCCGCGAGGCCAUGCAGCAAGCGGACGAUUGGCUGGGAAUCCCACAGGUCAUCGCACCGGCGGAGAUCGUGGACCCCAACGUGGACGAGCACUCUGUGAUGACCUACCUGUCCCAGUUCCCCAAGGCCAAGCUGAAGCCUGGGGCCCCGCUGCGCCCCAAACUCAACCCCAAAAAGGCCCGAGCCUAUGGCCCAGGCAUUGAGCCCACUGGUAAUAUGGUGAUGAAGAAGGCUGUGUUCACCGUGGAGACGGUCAGUGCUGGGAACGGGGAGGUGCUGGUGUACGUGGAGGACCCUGCUGGGCACCGUGAGGAGGCUAAAGUCACGGCCAACAAUGACAAGAACCGCACCUACUCGGUGUUCUACGUCCCUAAAGUCACUGGGCCCCACAAGGUGCACAUCUCAAGAGCCCUCUGGUACUACACCACCUACACCACAUCUACGCUGCAGGUACUACACCUACACCACAUCUAUACCGCAGGUGCGGGGGAGGGCGAGGUGCAGGUGCAGAUCACAGACCCCCGGGGGAGGACGGACACAGUGGUGUCCCAGCUGGAGGACAAGGGCGGCAGCAGCUUCCGCUGCACCUACAGGCCCACCCAGGAGGGGGCGCACACCAUUUACAUCACCUUCUCAGGGGCACCGAUUCCCAAGAGCCCCUAUACCGUCACUGUGGGAGAAGCCUGUAACCCCGGUGUCUGCCGGGCCAAGGGGAGGGGCCUGCAGCCCAAAGGUGUCCGGGUGCGAGAGACUGCCGAUUUCAGGGUGUUCACCAAUGGGGCUGGAACCGGGGAACUCAAGGUCACCAUCAAAGGACCAAAGGGUCUGGAGGAACCCUGUAAGAGGGCAGAUCUUGGCGAUGGGGUGUACGGCUUUGACUAUUACCCCACCACACCUGGGAACUACAGCAUCUCCAUCACCUGGGGUGGACAGCCCAUACCGCGCAGCCCGUUUGAGGUGAAGGUGGGGACGGAGGCGGGGCCCCAGAAAGUGCGAGUGUGGGGUGCAGGUCUGGAGAGCGGGGUGGUGGGCAGGUCAGCUGACUUUGUGGUGGAGGCCAUCGGGGAAAAUGUCGGCACUCUGGGCUUCUCCGUGGAAGGUCCCUCUCAGGCCAAAAUUGAGUGCGACGACAAGGGCGACGGGUCAUGUGACGUGCGGUACUGGCCGACCGAAUCGGGGGAGUACGCGGUGCACGUCCUCUGCAACGGCCAGGACAUCCUGCACAGUCCCUUCAUGGCGGACGUCCAGCCGGCCCCCGCCGACUUCCACCCAGAGAAGGUGAAGGCGUAUGGUCCCGGGGUGCAGGCCAGUGGGGUGGCGGUGAACAGACCCACUGAGUUCACCGUGGAUGCCACACAGGGAGGCACGGCUCCCCUGAAGAUACAAGUGCAGGAUGGCGAGGGGGGGCCGGUGGAUGUGCAGGUGAAGGAUAAUGGGAACGGAACGUACAGCUGCAGCUACACCCCCCACAAGCCACUCAAACACACGGUCCUGGUGUCCUGGGGCGGGGUCAACAUACCUGACAGCCCCUACAGGGUGAAGUUUGGAGCCGGGUGUCGCCCCAGCAAGGUGAAGGUUUUUGGUCCCGGGGUAUCCAAGACUGGACUGAAAGCCUUUGAACCUACUUACUUCACCGUGGACUGCACGGAGGCGGGCCAAGGGGACAUCAGCAUUGGGAUAAAAUGCGCCCCCGGCGUGGUGGGGCCAGCCGAGGCCGACAUCGACUUUGACAUCAUUCGGAACGACAACGACACCUUCACCGUCAAGUACACGCCCCCGGGGGCCGGCAGCUACACCAUCAUGGUGCUGUUCGCCGAUCAGGCUGUUCCCAUGUCGCCCAUCCGGAUCAGGGUGGAUCCCUCUCACGAUGCCAGCCGGGUGACGGCCGAGGGUCCGGGUCUGAGCAGGAGGGGUGUGGAGCAGAACACCCCCACCCACUUCACCGUGUCCACCAGGGGCGCUGGCAAGGCCGACCUGGACGUCCAGUUCAGCGCAGCCGCCAAAGGCGACGCCGUCCGCGACUUUGACAUCAUCAGUAACCAUGACAACACAUACACCGUGAAAUACACGCCCGUGCAGAAGGGUAACAUGGGCGUGAAUGUGACCUAUGGGGGAGAUUCCAUUCCCAGAAGCCCCUUCUCUGUCCCGGUGGCCCCUUCACUGGACCUGAGUAAGAUCCAGGUGUCUGGCCUCAGAAAUGAGAUGGCGGUGGGUAAAGAUACGGAGGUUGUGGUGAAGAGUGCCGGGGCUGGAGGUCAGGGCAAAGUGGAGGCCCAGGUGAUGGGUCCAAGCGGCCGGCCCGUAGCGAGCUCGGUGGAGCGGGGUCCGGACCCCGAGACCAGCCGGGUCCGCUUCAUUCCCCGGGAGCCCGGCCCCUACCAAGUGGAUCUGACCUACGACUCCGCCCCCAUCCCCGGCACCCCCUUCCACGCGCGCGCCGUCCCCCCCCCAGACCCUUCCAAGGUGCGGUGCUCGGGCCCCGGUUUGGCGCGGGCCAGGGUGGGCGAGACGGGCGAGUUCGUGGUGGACUGCACCAGCGCCGGCCCGGCCGAGCUCACCAUAGAGAUCAUCUCCGAGAACGGCACGGAGGCGGAGGUCCACAUUCAGGACAACGGCGACGGCACCUUCUCCAUCACCUACACCCCCCUCUACCCCGGGGCCUACACCCUCACCAUCCGCUACGGGGGCCAGGAUGUGCCAAACUUCCCCACUACUCUCAACGUGGAUCCUGCGGGAGACUCCAGCGGGGUCCAGGUGUUUGGGCCUGGAGUGGAAGGCAAGGGUGUGUUUUGUGAGGCCACCACAGAGUUCACGGUGGACGCGCGCGCUCUGAGCCCCCGUGGUGGGGGGCACGUCAGGACCCACAUCAGCAGCCCGUCGGGCAGCCUCACAGACGGCCUGAUUCGGGACCUCGGGGAUGGCACCUACCAGGUGGAAUACACACCAUACGAGGAGGGUGUGCACGGUGUGGCGGUGGCGUAUGGCGGUGCACCUGUGACCGGCAGCCCGUUCCGCGUGCCGGUGACGGAGGGCUGCGAUCCGACACGCGUCCGAGUCCACGGCCCCGGGCUGCGGUCGGGAAUCACCAACAUGCCAAACAAGUUCACCGUGGAAACGCGGGGUGCAGGGACAGGGGGUCUGGGUCUGGCGGUGGAAGGUCCUUCUGAAGCGAAGAUGUCCUGCGUCGACAACAAAGAUGGCAGCUGCAGUGUGGAGUACGUCCCCUUCCAGCCUGGAACCUACAACCUCAACAUCACCUACGGAGGCCAGCCCAUCACCGGAAGCCCUUUCGCCGUUCCGGUGUACGACGCGGUGGACUCCUCCAAGGUCCGCUGUGAGGGGCCGGGCCUGGGCCCCGGAGUCAGGGCCAACGUCCCCCAGAGCUUCACCGUGGAUACCAGCAGGGCCGGGGGAGUGGCUCCCCUGCAGGUGGCCGUGCAGGGGCCCAAAGGGGUGCAGGAGCCGGUAGAGGUGAUGGACAGCGGGGACCAGACGCACGCUGUCCGCUACGUCCCCUCCAGGGAGGGACCCUACUCCAUCAGCGUGCUGUACGGCGACCAGGCCGUCCCUCACAGCCCGUACAGCGUGAUGGCGCUGCCCACACACGAUGCCAGUAAAGUGCGGGCCAGUGGCCCCGGCCUGGACGCGGGGGGGGUGCCGGCCAGCCUGCCUGUGGAGUUCACCAUCGACGCCACAGACGCUGGCCAAGGACUGCUGGCCGUUCAGAUCACGGAUUCAGAGGGCAAACCCAAAAAGACCAACGUUCAGGACAACCACGACGGGACGUUCCUGGUCUCCUACGUGCCCGACGCGACGGGCCGCUACACCAUCGUCCUCAAAUACGGGGGGGACGUCACCCCCUGCUCGCCGUACCGCAUCCGGGCCCUGCCCACGGGGGACGCCACCAAGUGUACAGUCACAGUCUCCAUUGGUGGACGUGGUCUGGGUGCGGGGGUGGGCCCCACCAUCCAGAUCGGCGAGCAGGCGGUGAUAACGGUGGACGCGCGGGCGGCCGGGCCGGGUCAGGUGACCUGCAGCGUGCGCACGCCGGACGGCGCCGAGGUGGACGUGGACGUGGUGGACAACGGCGACGGGACCUUCGACGUCUGCUACACCGCGCAGCAGCCCGGAAACUACGCGGUGUGCGUGCGGUUCGGGGGCCAGCACAUCCCCAACAGCCCCUUCCACGUCACCGCUGUGGAUAGGCCGGCCGGAGUGAACGGGAUGGACGCGUCCGGACUCCGGCCCUUCGACCUGGUCGUUCCUCUGGCCCCCCAGGAAGGAGAGCUGUCUGGUGAGGUGAGAAUGCCGUCGGGGCAGGUGUCCAGGCCGGACAUGGUGGAUAAUGCAGACGGCACGCUGACCGUCCGGUACGCCCCCUCUGAGCUGGGUCUGCACCACAUGGACAUCAGAUCCAACGACAGCCACAUCCCAGGAAGUCCCCUCCAGUUCUACGUGGACUAUGUGGACAGCGGUCACGUGACCGCUUACGGCCCGGGGCUGAUCCACGGCACGGUCGGCAAGCCUGCCGUAUUCACCGUCGACACCAAAGAAGCAGGAGAAGGCGGCCUGUCUCUGGCCAUCGAGGGCCCAUCCAAAGCCGACAUCAGCUGUGUGGAUAACGAGGACGGCACCUGCACCGUGUCCUACCUGCCCGUCACACCUGGACCGUACAGCAUCAUCGUCAAAUACAACGAGCAGCACGUCCCUGGAAGCCCCUUCAGGGCCCAGAUCACCGGGGAGGGCUCCAUGCGCAGGACCGUCGGUUCCGCGGCGGACAUCCCGCUGGACAUCGGCGAGCUGGACCCGAGCCAGCUGACCGUGUCCCUGACCACGCCCUCCGGCCGCGAGGAGCCCUGCGCCUUCAAGCUGCUGCGCAACGGUCACAUGGGGGUGUCCUUUGUCCCCCGGGAGAUCGGGGACCACCUGGUCAACAUAAAGAGGGACGGCAGCCACGUCCCGCGGAGCCCCGUCACCGUGACCAUCAGCCAGUCCGAGUUCGGCGAGGCGGGCCGGGUGGAGGUGUCGGGGCGGGGACUGAGCGCGGGGCGCACGUGCGAGCCCGCCGAAUUCACCAUCGACACGUCCCGGGCUGGCUACGGAGGCCUCAGUCUGUCCAUCGAAGGCCCCAGUAAAGUGGACAUCCACACGGAGGACCAGGAGGACGGGGUGUGCAAGGUCACCUACUGCGCCACCAAGCCAGGGAAUUACAUCAUCACCGUCAAGUUUGCUGACCAGCAUGUUCCAGGAAGCCCGUUCACGGCCAAGGUGACCGGCGAGGGCAGAACCACGGAGAGCAUCACCAGGCUCAGGAGCGCCGCCGCGGUGGCCAACGUGGGCAGCCCGUGUGACCUCAGCCUCAAGAUCCCAGAGAUGAACAUGGCCGACAUGGUUGCCCAGGUGACCGGGCCUUCAGGGAAGGUCCAGAAAGCAGAGAUCAUAGAAAGGGAUGACCACACCCACAGCAUCCGCUUUGUUCCCACGGAGAUGGGCACGCACUCCGUCAGCGUCAAGUACCAGGACCUCCACGUGCCGGGGAGCCCCUUCCAGUUCACCGUGGGGCCCCUGGGGGAGGGCGGGGCCCACAAGGUUCGAGCUGGGGGCCCCGGGCUAGAGAGGGCAGAGGCUGGAACACCAGCGGAGUUCAGCGUUUGGACCAGGGAGGCGGGGGCUGGGGGCCUGGCCAUCUCAGUGGAAGGACCUGGCAAAGCGGACAUCGCCUUCCAAGAGCGCCAGGAUGGGUCCAGCGGCGUGUCGUACGUGGUGCAGGAACCAGGAGACUACAAGGUGUCGGUCAAGUUCAACGAGGAGCAGAUUCCCGACAGCCCCUUCCUGGUGCCCGUGACCCUGCCCUCGGAGGACGCCCGCCGCCUCACAGUCGCCAGCCUUCAGGAGUCGGGCCUGAAGGUGAACCAGCCGGCCUCCUUCUCAGUGAGUCUGAACGGUGCCAGAGGCACCAUAGAUGCUAAAGUCCGCAGCCCCUCGGGAGCCCUGGAGGACUGCUGUGUCACCCAGAUCGAUGAGGACAAGCACACGGUGCGCUUCCUCCCGCGGGAGAACGGAGUCCACGCCGUCGACGUGAAGUUUAACGGCUCCCAUGUCCCGGGCAGCCCCUUCAAGAUCCGCGUGGGCGACGCCAGCCAGGCUGGGGACCCGGGCUUGGUGUCCGCCUACGGGGCGGGGCUCGAGGGCGGUACUACAGGCUCUCCCUGCGAGUUCACCAUAAACACCGGCUCGGCUGGGCGUGGCACCCUGGCUGUGACCAUCGACGGCCCCUCCAAGGUGAAGAUGGACUGCCAGGAGUGUCCGGAGGGCUACAGGGUCACCUACACCCCCAUGGCCCCCGGGAACUACCUGAUCUCCAUUAAAUACGGGGGGCCCUACCACAUCGCGGGGAGCCCUUUCAAGGCCAAGGUCACUGGUUCCCGAUUGGUCAGCAGCCUGAGCACGCAUGAGACUACCUCAGUGCUGGUGGAUGCCGUCUCGCGCAGUACCGCCGCGCGCCAGCAGGGGUCAGCGUGGCCAUCCUCCGAUGCCAGCUGUGCUGUGGCCAAGGGGUUGGGCCUGUCAAAGGCCUCCACAGGCCAAAAGAACAGCUUCAGUGUCGACUGCAGCAAAGCGGGGCGUGGCAUGCUGCUGGUGGGCGUGGAGGGCCCCUCUGUGCCCUGCGAGGAGGUGGUGAUCAGACACCUGGGGAGUCGUCUGUACAACGUGACGUACCAGCUGGUGCAGAAGGGCGAAUACACGCUGGUGGUGAAGUGGGGUGACGACCACAUCCCCGGGAGCCCCUUCCACAUCACCGUGUGACCCUGCACACGGGAGCCCCACACCCCUCUCUCUCUUUCCUUUUCCCCUUCCCUCCUUAUCUCACCCUUCCUUUCAUUUCACUCACCAGAGAGAGAGAGAGAGGAGGUGCAUUUUCACUGAAUAUCUGCUGCACUGUCUAGAACUACUUGGUUUCCUCAACGUUUUUCAAAUUGUUUUGAAGAGGAGAAGACUGUUAAAACCACUUUAUUUAGGCCAAAGGGACUCACUAACACGCUAAUGUAGAUUUUGCUGGUUAUGGCCUGCUAGGGCAUGGCUCAGUUUCUCCCUAGCAUUAGAAAAGCAUGUCGAAUUUUAACGUGUGUGUGUUCAGCGCAUCUGAAAGGUUGUUUCACACUGAUAUUCCGUUACCAGACCUAUAACAGGAGAGCGAGGUGGGACAAGUAUGCACUUUCUCAGAUCAAACUGUGAUUUUUAGCUAAAGGUUCAAGUUGCGAAUGUCACUGACCAUGAGAAAAAGUUUCUAAAAAUACAAGUUUAUUUCCUGCACUUCUCAUCUCUGUUAAAAUUCAAUAGAUGAAUGAGGAAGGGACAAUUAUCGGCUAACUGGUGAAUUGUAGCAAUUAACAGAAGAAAACUUAUCGUAAAAUUGGACAUCACAUUAGGGUGAGAUUUGUUUGUAAACUACGAUGGGUUUAAUUUAAGCAUGGUAAGGUUAUUAGAAUUCUGAUUUUGCAGGAAGUCACCACCCCUUCUUUUUAUGUCCUUUUAAUGUAACUGUUUAAUGACUGUCAAAAUAAAAGCAAAAAUGUAUGUUUUAUGAGAUGGGUUCUUAAACUGCUAAGCCAUUGGAGUAUGUUGAUGCACAAUAAACCUGUCUAAAUGUAUACCA